AUGUUCACUCUGGACACCUCGAGCCGCGGUAUCACUAUGCCCAACAUCAAGAAGUCUUCGGACGACGACGAGCACACCGUUGUCGGAUUCUCGCCACGAAAGAUGGGAAUCCAGCACGACUGUGAGUCAUUGAUCCCCCGAUGGGCGCCCGAGGGCUCUUAGGAACGGGGAUGAGUAGUUAUGAUGAUUGGGAAGAGAAGGAAACGGAGAUGUUUGUUGAACAGCUGACUGGCUGCUCUCGGUUCGGUUGGUUGGCAGCGAUCAGCCGAUGUGAUCGCGGAAGAUCCGAGAGAGCCAUCGCAUCACGUCAUUGGUCGAUGAUCUCAUUUGGAAGUGCGGGAUACGGUAGAUAUGCCUGA